CAUGACGACAAUGAAUUCAACAGCCUCGUCACGUUCGGGUGCCUCAAAUGGCGGCGCAAGUACUGGCCGUGCGAGAACCAGCAGUACUCUAAGCAUCUCCCGCCCCACCACCACCUCCCGCCCCACUACUACCUCCCGUUCCCGGCGGCCAAGGGCUGCGGUGUCAACAAUUGGCGGUGCCCAGAAAGUGGUCUGUGCUAUCACCGAGUCUCGUGGGAUCUCUGCGACUGUGGGGCUAUGCUUCGUCAACAUGUCGACUGGCGAAUGCCAUCUGAGCGAAAUAUGUGACUCGCAGACGUAUGCACACACGGUCAACAAGCUGUUCGCGCACGACCCGAGCGAGAUCCUCCUCCCGUCGACAUCGUACACGCCGCAAAAGACCGCGCUGGUCGGGGUGAUCGAGUUCUACAUGCGAGACUGCACGAUCGUGUCGACGCCGCGCAAGUUCUACAGCGAGCUAGCGGGGCGGGAGCAGAUCGAGCGGCUGGCGGGCGCGGACGACCUCGCCGCGCUGACGGUCUCCAUCUCGGGGAAGUACUAUGCGGUGUCCGCUACAGCGGCGGCGCUGAAGUACGUCGCCAUCAAUCAUAUGAGGUUUGCGCCGCAUACCCUGCGCAUAAAGUAUUGGGGAAAUGAAGGAUCCAUGUCGAUUGAUUCUACCACAGUCCGCUGUCUGGAGUUGAUCCAGAAUCUGCAGAACGAAAAGUCGACUGAUAGUCUGUUCGGGUUGUUGAAUAAUACUAGCACGGCCAUGGGAGCGCGGCUUCUCCGGUCAAACAUAUUGCAGCCAUCGACCGAGGUGGACUUUCUCAACACUAGGCUCGAUGCUGUUGACGAGUUUACGAAGCAUGAGGAUAUGUUUUUUCAGAUCAAAGAAGCUCUCAAAGAGUUUCCUGAUAUGGAUCGGCUCUGCAUGGCGUUGACCUCCGAUCCUGUCAAACCGUCGCAGAAGCAUACAGAGCAAGCUCUUAACAAUGUUAUCUUGUUCAAGCAGGCGGCGCUACUCGUGGGACCCGUACACGAAGCUUUAGCACCAGCACGUUCUACGUUGUUGCAGGACAUCAGGGCUUUCUGUGCUCCGGACAAGAUUGACCCUGUCCUGAAGAUAAUUAACAAUGUGAUCAACGAGGAGGCGACUUACAGCAAAGGUCCCUUGGAGCUGCGGAAUCAGCGCUGCUAUGCGGUCAAGACAGGGGUGAGUGGAAUGCUAGAUGUCGCUAGAAAGGCCUACAAGGAGUUCACCAUGGAGAUCAUUUCUCUCGGCGAGGAACUCUCCAACGAGUACAACAUCGUGCUCGAGAUCAAGUAUGAGCACGGACGUGGAUUCUACUUUCGUCAUCCGGUUGUGGAUCUAGUGGAGAACCCCCUCCCGCCUGUAUUCGUCAACGUUAUCAGAAGGAAGAAGUACAUGGAGUUAGGGACUAUCGAGCUGUGCAAACGCAAUAAGAAGGUCAAUGAUGCGUUUCGUGAGGUGAUGCAGAUAAAUGACCAGACUGUCGACCAACUUAUCCAGGACAUCCGGGAGCAAAUCAAUAGCUUGGUCAGGGUCGGGGAAGCAAUCGGGUUGUUGGACAUGCUUUGUUCAUUCGCACACCUGUGCACUCUGCAAGACUACGUUCGCCCAGAAUUCGCGGAAAAUGUGGCGGUGAAGGGUUUAAGACACCCGAUUAGGGAAACAAUACACAAGGACAAAUUUGUCCCAAAUGAUGUGUAUGCGAGCCAGCAGUCAAGGUUUCAGGUCAUCACUGGAUGCAACAUGUCGGGAAAGUCCACAUACCUCCGUUCAGUGGCUCUAGUUGUGGUUAUGGCCCAAAUCGGCUCAUUUGUUCCCGCUACGCACGCCUGGCUACCCAUAACCCUGCAACUCUUCGCGCGCAUCUCAAUGGAUGACUCAAUCGAAGCCAACGUCUCCACAUUUGCAGCCGAGAUGCGAGAGACCGCCUUCAUCCUCCGCAACGUCAGGAAGGGCAGCUUGGUCAUAAUCGACGAGCUAGGCCGUGGCACGAGCCCUAGAGAUGGAAUGGCCAUUGCCCUCGCCAUAUGCGAAUCACUGGUCGAGACUAGAGCGUUCGUCUGGUUUGUUACGCACUUCAAGGAGCUGACAGAGAUACUGUCUGAGAGGGCGGGCGUGAUGAAUCUGCAUAUGCAAGUCGAGUGUCAAUCCCAAUCCUCAGUAACAAUGCUCUACAAGCUUGCCGACGGCCGAGUGAAAGACGAGAACUACGGCCUGCUGCUUGCGCGGCUCGCGCAGCUGCCGGAGUCCGUCGUAAACCGUGCAACAGUCGUGUCGGAAACACUCACGAAGCAGCGGGAGCUGGCAAAGAUGAAGUCACAGAUGUACAACAUGGUUCGCCGCCGACGGGCGGUGCUGCGGCUCGUCGAGAGUCUGAAGGAAGCUCGUGAUGGCAGGAUGGAUGAAGCAGUGCUGAAAAGUUGGCUGGCUAGGUUGCAGCGCGAGUUUGUGGCUAGGAUGGAGGUGCUGGGUAUUGAGGAGGGCGAGGAGGAGGGGGAGCAGGCUGGGGAAGCGGAUGCGAUGCUCAUCGAUGAUGAGGAUGAGGAUGGGGAUGAGCAGAUGGUAGAUGAACACACCACCACUAAAGCUAAUACUGAGGAAAAUGGAAGCACGGCCGGAGAACAGGAGUGGGAGGAACUUUUUGACGGGAUUGAGGGCGAUGAAGAUGCACUGCUCAAUGGGGGUGACGCUUAAACUUCGCGAAGAUCUGCUUACUUGAUUGAUUGCUUACCUGCUUACAUCGAACAUGCAUAGCUACCAUACUCGUUUCGUUUUCUUGCCUUUUAGUUUGCAUGGACGAAGAUGACAUUUGUUGUUUACGGAGGACAAGGCUUGAGCUUUGAGGGGAGAUAUUUGCAUGAUUAAAUGCUUGCGGCGCUCUUAGCUGCUAUACUUACUCGGGUACUUACUUUCAUUGUGAGCUCUUAGACACUUAGGCAUUACAGCUUUAGCUAGCUUUGCAUUGAAUAGAAACUUGGAAUGUUUACU